GCAACAGAGAUUAUGCCAAGGAUGAUCCAUUGGAGUUUAAGUCUCAUCAGUGGUUUGGAGCAUCUGCCUGUGCCCCACUGUAUCACUGGAGGACUGAGGUGAAGCAGGAAAGAGAGCCUGUUGGAACAUGCUUUCUUCAGGACGGAACAAAGACUGUUGAGUAUGCUCCAUGCAGAUCAAAAAAUAUUGAUGCUGAUGGACAGGGAUUUUGUCAAGGAGGAUUCAGCAUUGAUUUUACUAAAGCUGACAGAGUACUUCUUGGUGGUCCUGGUAGUUUUUACUGGCAAGGUCAACUCAUUUCCGAUCAAGUAGCAGAAAUUGUAUCUAAAUAUGACCCCAAAGUUUACAGCAUCAAGUAUAAUAACCAGUUAGCAACUCGGACUGCACAAGCUAUUUUUGAUGACAGUUAUUUGGGUUACUCAGUGGCUGUCGGAGAUUUCAAUGGUGAUGGCAUAGAUGACUUCGUUUCAGGAGUUCCAAGAGCAGCAAGGACUUUGGGAAUGGUUUAUAUUUAUGAUGGGAAAAACAUGUCCUCCUUACACAAUUUUACUGGUGAACAGAUGGCUGCAUAUUUUGGAUUUUCUGUCGCUGCCACUGACAUUAAUGGGGAUGAUUACGCAGAUGUGUUUAUCGGCGCACCUCUCUUCAUGGAUCGUGGUUCUGAUGGCAAGCUCCAGGAGGUGGGGCAGGUCUCGGUAUCUCUGCAGAAAGCUUCGGGAGACUUCCAGACCAUCAAGCUGAAUGGUUUUGAGGUCUUUGCAAGGUUCGGCAGUGCCAUAGCCCCUUUGGGAGAUCUAGACCAAGAUGGCUUCAACGAUAUUGCAAUUGCUGCUCCAUAUGGGGGUGAAGAUAAAAAGGGAAUUGUUUAUAUUUUCAAUGGAAGACCCACAGGCUUGAAUGCAGUACCAUCUCAGAUCCUGGAAGGGAAGUGGGCAGCUCGGAGCAUGCCACCAAGCUUCGGCUAUUCCAUGAAAGGAGCCACGGAUAUAGACAAGAAUGGAUAUCCAGACUUAAUUGUAGGAGCUUUUGGUGUAGAUAGAGCUGUAUUAUACAGGGCCAGACCAGUUAUCACUGUAAAUGCUGGCCUUGAAGUGUACCCUAGCAUUUUAAAUCAAGAAAAUAAAACCUGCUCUCUGCCUGGGACAGAUCUCAAAGUUUCCUGUUUUAACGUCAGGUUCUGCUUAAAGGCAGAUGGCAAAGGAGCACUUCCUAGGAAACUUGACUUCCAGGUGGAGCUUCUUUUGGAUAAACUCAAGCAGAAAGGAGCAAUUCGACGAGCACUCUUUCUCCAUAACAGGUCCCCGGGUCACUCCAAGAACAUGACCAUCUCAAGGGGGGGACAGAUGCAGUGUGAGGAGCUGAUCGCAUAUCUGCGGGACGAAUCUGAAUUUAGAGACAAACUCACUCCAAUUACUAUUUUUAUGGAGUAUUGGUUGGAUUAUCGAACAGCUGCUGAUGCAACAGGGUUGCAACCUAUUCUUAACCAAUUUACUCCGGCCAAUGUUAGUCGACAGGCUCAUAUUCUACUUGACUGUGGUGACGACAAUGUCUGUAAACCCAAACUGGAGGUUUCUGUAGAUAGUGAUCAAAAGAAGAUCUAUAUCGGGGACGACAACCCUCUGACCUUGAUUGUUAAGGCUCAGAAUCAGGGAGAAGGUGCCUAUGAAGCCGAGCUCAUCGUUUCCAUCCCACUGCAGGCUGAUUUCAUCGGGGUUGUCCGCAACAGUGAAGCCUUAGCAAGACUUUCCUGUGCGUUUAAGACAGAAAACCAAACCCGCCAGGUGGUUUGUGACCUUGGAAACCCAAUGAAGGCUGGAACUCAACUCUUAGCUGGGCUUCGUUUCAGUGUCCACCAGCAAUCAGAGAUGGAUACGUCUGUGAAAUUUGAUUUACAAAUUCAAAGCUCCAAUCUUUUUGAUAAAGUAAGCCCGGUUGUAUCUUACAAAGUUGACCUUGCUGUUUUAGCUGCUGUUGAGAUAAGAGGAGUCUCAAGUCCUGAUCAUAUCUUUCUUCCGAUUCCAAAUUGGAAGUACAAAGAGAACCCUGAGACUGAAGAAGAUGUUGGGCCAGUUGUUCAGCACAUCUAUGAGCUGAGAAACAAUGGUCCGAGUUCAUUCAGCAAGGCAAUGCUACAUCUUCAGUGGCCUUACAAAUAUAACAAUAACACUUUGUUGUACAUCCUUCAAUAUGAUAUUGAUGGGCCAAUGAACUGCACUUCAGAUAUGGAGAUUAACCCUUUGAGAAUUAAGAUCUCAAAUUCACAAGCAACUGAAAAGAAUGAUACAAGUGGUGGGCAAGGUGACCGGAACCAUCUCAUCACGAAGCGGGAUCUCACCCUCAAUGAAGGAGAUGUUCACACUUUGGCAGAUUCUUUAUCAACUGAGCUACAAGAAAAGCCCUGGCUAGUUGGGGUUCCUGGCAAUUCCAUGUGAGUUUUAGGACCAGCUUGUCCAUUUCUACUAAAACACUUGUUGAGAUUUUGAUAGCAAUUUUAUUAGCUCUGUCUAUCGCUUUGAGAGUAUUGCUAUUAUGAUGUUAAGUCUUUCAGUUCUUGACUAUGAGCUAUCUUCUUUAUUUCAAAAAUACUUUGUCAUUUUCAGUAUACAAGUCUUACAUUUCCUUGGUUAAGUAGCUUCUAUAUAUUUUAUUCUUUUUGAAUUCUGUUUAAAAUAGAAUGUUUAAAAAAUUUUCAUUUUCUUAUUUUUCAUUGCCAGUUUAUAUAAAAAUAAUUCACAUUUGUAUAUUGAUCUUGUGUUCUGUACCUUUUAUGUACUUGUUUAUUAGCUUUAGUAGUUUUAUUGUGGGUUCUUUAAAGUUUUCUGUAAGUAUUCUAUCAUCUGAAUAGAGAUAGUUUUACUUUUUUCUUUCUGAUCUGGAUACCUUUUAUUUAAUAUUUUUUUUUGCUUAAUUGCACUGGCGAGAACCUUCUGAACAGUGUAGAGUAGAAGUAUCAUGAAUGGACAUGGUCGUACAGUUCCUAAUCUCACAGGAAAAGCAUCCUUUCUUUCACCAGUAAGUAUGGUGUUAGCUGUGGGCUUUUCAUAGAUGCCUUUUAUCAGGUCAGAAGAGUUUGCUUUUGUUUCUAGUCAUCAACUGGAGGUGUCACUUACUGGAUAGCACUGUUGUGAGGUGUAUGCAUAUGACAUACAGUUUAUGUCUAAUGCAGGUUGACCAGCGCAUAAAAGAUGGUGAAUAUUUGUUAACUUCUGUCUGCCUUUAAGUAACCAUUAAAAACACCGAAUGUGGCAAAGACCAUCAGCAUGCCACUUGAUUUCUACAGGUCUGACAUGGAAUAACUAUUAAAGAUUCACUGUGUUUCUCUUUCUUUUCCACAGGCAUAAUGUGAUCUGAUAUUCAUGUCUUACUAAAAUCACCAUGCUCUGGGUUUGCCUAAAGAAUGUUAAGUUCUAGUUAUAAAAGUAAAUAUUUUAAUAUUAUAAAGUUUAUCCUUCCAUAACAAAUCACAGUAAAACCAAUCCCUUCAUAACAAGAAACAUUCAUAGGUUCAGCUGUUAGCUUGC